UACUACAGAGGAACCUCCCUACUGCUGACUGAAUUUUUUUAACUCCACUUCCUCUAGUGGCUCGAUUAGAGAAAUGGCAUCGUAGCUUUUCACACUUUCGGUGUUCACAGGUUCUCAGCACUGUACACAGAAAUGGACAACAAUGCUCAAGGAGGUAAAGCUUAUGGUCUUCUCAAGUCUCAACAGGAAGAACAACUGAACUCUACUAAUGAGGUUUUUCUCUCAGAUCCCCAGUAUGCAGAAGAGGAAGACCUAAGCUCAAAGCUUGAAAUGUUUAAAAAGAAGUACAUGGAGUUUGAUCUUAACGACAAAGGAGAAAUAGAUUUAAUGGGGUUAAAACGAAUGCUGGAAAAACUUGGAUUGGCCAAGACUCACUUAGAGCUGAAAAAGAUGAUGUCAGAGGUUGUUGGAGGGACAUCGAAAGACACCAUCAGCUACAACGAAUUCCUGAACAUGAUGCUGGGAAAAAGAAAUGCAAUCCUAAAACUGAUCUUGAUGUUUGAAGGCAUGGGAAAGGAGCAGGAGGACAAAGAUGCAGCACCACCUCCUCGCAAAACCUUUUCAGACCUGCCCUGAAGAAGCUCUCCAUCCCAGCAGGAAAUGAUUGAAACAUAACAAUAACGCUUUAAAAUCAAUGUCAAAAGAGAAGAAAAACAUCAAACUUGUGGUUUUUCUAAA